GUACGAUAGAGGCUUCGGAGGACUGCUCUGCUUUACGGCUCCAGGCAGUCUUUACAUUAUUUUCCGUCUUCAUCUUCACUUCGCCGCGAAGAUGGCGUCUGGCAGCGGGACUAAAAACCUGGAUUUCCGCCGAAAGUGGGACAAAGACGAAUAUGAGAAACUUGCAGAGAAACGACUUAAUGAAGAAAGAGAGAAAAAAGAUGGAAAACCAGUGCAGCCUGUCAAGCGGGAGCUCUUACGACACAGAGACUACAAGGUUGACUUGGAGUCUAAGCUGGGAAAGACCAUUGUUAUUACCAAGACCACCCCACAGUCUGAAAUGGGAGGGUAUUACUGCAAUGUCUGUGACUGUGUAGUGAAAGACUCCAUCAACUUCUUGGAUCACAUCAAUGGAAAGAAACAUCAGCGGAAUCUGGGUAUGUCAAUGCGUGUGGAGCGUUCCACCUUGGAUCAGGUGAAGAAACGCUUUGAAGUGAACAAGAAGAAGAUGGAAGAAAAACAAAAGGACUAUGACUUUGAGGAGAGGAUGAAAGAACUCAGAGAGGAGGAAGAGAAGGCCAAAGCGUACAAGAAGGAGAAACAGAAGGAGAAGAAGCGAAGGGCAGAGGAGGACUUGACAUUUGAGGAGGAUGAUGAGAUGGCAGCUGUUAUGGGCUUCUCUGGCUUUGGCUCCACCAAAAAGAGCUACUGAUUCUCUCGGAACUUGUCUUAUUCCCAAGCCUGACUGUGGGAUCGCUAAUAUCCAAGGCAUUUGGGGAAAUUCUUCAAAGACCUGACAUGUGGAGGGAAGAAAGGAAUUUGUUUCUCUCCCUUACAGCCAGAGUGUGGCCAGGAUCUGGAGAAGUUGGGUUCCAGCCCUCUAAUUUUCAUAUUUGAUGGAGCUGCAGUUCAUCUGUCCUAACUUCCUAAUAAAAAAGAAACCUCCCACUCGUCAGCUGCUUCCCCGAAGCUCUUCCUGCAUCCAUCCUUCUCUCUUUCCUUCUCCCUCCCACAAUGAUUAUCAUAACGUUACCCAAAUUUCUGCUUUUGUUCUCUUCAAGCCCUUGCCUUCUCUACCCUACCUCACCUUACACCUCCAGUGUUCUGGUUGUUUACUCCUAAUGUUCUGUGGCCGUGUGUGAACAUAUAGUGUUCUGCCAGGUACUUGUAUGUAUGUGUGUGUGCAUGAAGAAUUCCUGUAGAGGGCUGGAGCCCAAGCCAUAAGGCCACAACUGCUCUCAUUCCUGACGUCUUAGGCUGCAGGUGCCUCCUGUGGCUUGUUUUAGAGCAUGCAAUGGGGAAUUAAAUGGAUGAGUGUUUGGUGUGGUUCGUUUCUGGUGAGUUAUUUGGCCUUUUUUGUUUAGUCCUGGGCUGUUUUAACUUUUAAAUUUGUAUCUUUUAAAUGAAAAUUACUCUGUUUUUGUCUUCCUUGUAUUUAGACUCCAGUAUGAGUCUUAACUGAUGCAAAAAGCCCCAGUGUGGGAUUUUGUGUGUGCCCAGGGACGAACUAACAUAUAGAAUUAAAAGGAAAAAAAUAUGUUGGCUGGAACUAUUUCUCAUAUUGGUACUAGAUACACCAUCUUUCUUUUGUGCUCUUUGCUCUUUUUCACACUGAUGCUUUUUGCACAGAGCCCAACCUUAAAUUUUCCCUUCCUUUGAUUCCUAUUAGCCUUUCUGUAUGAGUCUCUACAGCCUUUCUUUUUCCCCUCACAAAUUCAACUCUCUGCCUUCUCUCUAAGUCAACACUGGUUUGACUUCUUUGUGACUCUAAUGAAAUCACUGUGCACCUGGCUUUUAGCAUAACAGAGCUCAAUACUGGCUGUAGAGUCUAACUAUUACCAGCUCUAGCAGGCAGAACUAUAAGCAAUUCUGAUCCCCAGGUAAGCAGCAUGAAAGGGUGCUGAUAAACAUUUUAAAACAUCCUUUUUGGGGGGGAGGUGGACAUAGAAGGACCUUGGACUCUGGGACAUCAAGGGGCUAGUUCCCUUUGGGGGGGGGGUUUGAGUGGAAAGAAGGUUAUCUGGUGAGUCAGUGGAAGGGGGGAGAUAGAUAAAUUCUCCAGAAUUUUUCACCAGCACUCUCCCUUUUCCCUCCCCUCCCACAUUGCAUAAGCAUAGAGAAUGGGAUCUGGUUGUGUAAAUAUUCCAGGCCUUAUACCUAUUUCAUAAGUCAGGCUGGCACCCUUAGGCAGAAUACCAAUGGAGUUUGUUAAUUGGUUUGCUUUGUUGCCAUAGUGAGGGGAAGAAGAUUUUGAGGACUAGUGUUUGUUCUUGCCUAGCUUUUCUGAAUCCGACUUACAGUGUCAGUGCCAGUAACAAAACUUUCCAAUGUGCCUAAUCACUGCCUGAAGCCCUGUGUGAGUUAUAUCUGCAGUAAUAAAUUUGUGCCAAGAUUUAAAAUAGGGUACACUUGCACUAACAGGCAACCAAAUAAAGAGUCUAUAUGGCAUCCCUUUAGAUCAAA